GAGCAUGCGUGGCAAGUACUUGUGCAGCUGGCGGCUGCCUCUCGUGGAGCCGCCGAGGGGAAAGGAGGUGGGAGUCCGAGCGAUUGGGCGAGAGUUAUUGCCUAAGCAGCCCUCCUUUACCUGGCGGGGUUUGGAGAGGCUUUAGAACGGAGCACUUUCUCUUCCUCCUUUUUGCACCUUGGAUCAGCUCCGUCGGGAUCAGCUGUGGGGGGGAGAUCGCGGAGCUGCAACCCACGCGGCGAGCGUGGUAAAUUGCUGAAAUUUUCUGUGUCAGAGGUGGCUGUUCGUAAGAGGAUGUAGCGAGUCUGAGGAUGGGGCUUUCUACUAAGAGGCGCUCACAAUGGCCAGAGAAGACUCAGUGAAGUGUUUGCGGUGCCUGCUGUAUGCCCUAAACCUGCUUUUCUGGUUGAUGUCCGUCACUGUGUUAGCCGUUUCCGCCUGGAUGAGGGACUACUUGAAUAAUGUUCUCACUUUAACUGCAGAAACAAGGGUAGAGGAAGCUGUUCUUUCCACUUACUUUCCAGUUGUCCACCCAGUCAUGAUUGCCGUCUGCUGUUUCCUUAUCAUUGUUGGAAUGUUGGGCUAUUGCGGAACAGUGAAAAGGAGCCUUCUGCUGCUCGUGUGGUAUUUUGGAAGUUUGCUUGUGAUAUUCUGCAUUGAACUGGCCUGCGGAGUUUGGACCUACGAGCAGGAAAUUGCGGUCCCUGUGCAGUGGUCAGAUAUGGUCACUUUGAAAGCCAGAAUGACCAACUACGGCUUGCCUAGAUAUCAGUGGCUUACUCAUGCUUGGAAUUUCUUUCAGAGAGAGUUUAAAUGCUGUGGAGUUGUGUACUUCACGGACUGGCUGGAAAUGACGGAGAUGGACUGGCCUCCGGACUCCUGUUGCGUCAGAGAAUUCCCAGGAUGCUCCAAACAGGCGCACCAUGAGGAUCUCAGUGACCUUUACCAGGAGGGUUGUGGUAAGAAGAUGUAUACUUUCCUGAGAGGAACGAAACAACUGCAAGUGCUUCGGUUUCUUGGAAUAUCGAUUGGGGUCACCCAGAUUCUGGCGAUGAUCCUCACUAUUACUUUGCUGUGGGCUCUGUAUUACGACCGACGAGGCCCAGGUACAGAUCAAAUGUUGUCCUUGAAGAAUGACACCACACAGCACCUGUCAUGUCAUUCAGUGGAACUGCUGAAACCCAGCCUGACAAGGAUUUUGGAGCACACAUCCAUGGCAAAUAGCUUCACCACACACUUUGAAAUGGAGGAACUUUAGAGUGAUCGUCACUUUUGCUAACUGUACAUUUGAAAGAGGAGUCUGAGGUUAUCAUUCUGAUUCAGAGAAGAAAACAGAAUUAAUGGAGAUUUUCUUCACGAAUGACAGCAAUCCCGGGCUCUUAACCUUUUUAUUUCUUAAAACGUUCGUGGCCUGAAGGUUCUAGCUAUAGUUUUACCACUAAAAUAUAUCUAUUGUUUUAAGUACUGAGAGUGAAUAGGUUCUGUUUUUUGAGAAGAUGUGCAUUAUAUAAAAUGCUGAUUGUAGCAGGGCCUUUAAAACUUUUUAAAAAAAUAAUCAACAUUUUAAAAUUAAGAAGCAUCUGUCAAAAAGAACAUAUUCAGGUUAUGGCUUUAGGGCUCUUUGAUUCUGUCUGAACUUUUGAUUUUAAAUGAUUAGGUAAGAGUGUGGGCAACUUGCUCAGCACUGAGAGCUGAUCAGUGUUUUUGCUUAAUUGUAAUUUAAGUAAUUUUCAUAAUCAUUUGGAGAAAUGGUAGCUGGAUGUGUUGCACUCUGAUACUCUGAUGUGUUGCAAGGCGCAGCUGUUGGAUAAGUUGCACUCUGAUAAGCUUCUUCUGGGGUUGUUAAUCACAGCCGAAGGCAGACCCUUCAAAACCUGGAAAAGGGUCUAAAGCCAUGAGGUUGGAAAACAGGGAUUGCUUUCUCUUUUAAGUGCUUCUUUCUUUCUUAGAUUUUACAAAAAAAAAUCCAAGAUAAUCACCUUUCCCGCUCCGUGUACAGAAUCCACCUAGACUGGCUUUUGAAUCUUACUUUGAUGUUUAUGAUGGGAUGGCAUCCUCUGUCACACCUGAGGGAGCCACACUAAUUUAAGGACUGUGGCAUACACCGCUCUCUCUUCCUAUAGAGUGGAGUGGCUGCUGCUCAGAAUCUGCUGCCUGAGGCAGUGCUCUCACUCUGGCUAAUGGUAGGACCAGCCCUGGGUGAAACAUAUUCAGCUGCAGCUUAGUGAAAUCCAUGUGUCUUAGCUUCCCUGUGUAGCCAUAGCCAGUGCAAUUCCGAAGUUGGAUCUUCGGAUCUUUUUCUCCCCCAGCAUUUCAAAACCCUGAACAUCCAGCCCUCCCACCACGUGCACCUAGACGCACAGAGCCCAUAUCCCAUGGGCAAGCUAAUUGUUGGUGCACAGUUAGUUGUUUGUAAGCUGGUAGGACUUGAUAAAUUGCUAGGAAAGCCUAUUUCAACCCCUCUGCUUGGACUUUGUGGAAAUUGCCUCUAAAAGAUCAGGGAUGUUAUUUGUAUAUAAUAAGGCAUGUGUAUGUGUAGCAGAACUGAAAUCCAUAUUCACAUUUUACUUCACACUUUUAAAUUUUGUAAAAAGAGAAACGUGUGUUUUUAGCAGUGUCUUUAUCUAGCUGUUUUUUUAAAAAAAGAAAUACAGUGGUACCUUGGGUUA